GGCCGCGACCACGACAGUACGCUUGCGGGCGAUGACCUCCUCGGCGGCGCAAUCGUCGAAGCGAGCGAGCGCCCAGGAAGCGAAGCUGGCCUACAGCUGCGCUCCAAGGGGCGCCAUAGCGUCGGGCAGAUCGCAAAUGCGGGAGUUCUG